AUGAACGACGAAGCGAAAUUGGCUACAGAUCGAGGAACCCAGGAUACGGCCCCAACCUCUGCAGAAAAAGCCUGGCCACAACCAUCAGCUAACGUAACCAAUACGGAUGAUGCCAAAGCUCCAACCGACGGCGAGGAAACGAACAGUGAUGAGCACAAUAUCAUUGAAUCUCCCAAUUUGAAACUUCCAGCCAUGGCAUCUCCGUUUAGUGACAUGGAUUCCUCUCUUGACGUAAACCCACCCGAAAAUGCGACUACAACCAGCCCUGCGAGUUUCAACCCUGCCCCUGCUGCAUCGAACCCUUCUAUUGCAACGUUGAGCGGUGGCCUACAACGAAUUGCCAAAGAAAAUGCAGCAAAAGAAGCAGCAAGAGCCAGCAGAGGCAGUACUAUGGUUGGUGCAGGCGUUCCUGGAGCAGUCUUGCAGAAGAGUCAACAACGACAAGAGGAUGCCAAGAAGGCCAGUACAUCCACCGAUGCCAGGACCAAGCCUGCACCUACAACAACAGUAAGUCGUGGUCUCAGGAGAUCUGCUGAAGAAAGGGUAGCCAAGGCUGCAGCUCGAGGCAAUGCUGGGAAUGCCACAUCUGGGGCGUUUCCCACCGUUCCUCCUGGAGGCAAUCUCAACCCUGAAACGAUCGCCAGCAAGAAUGUUAUGGUGGUUGCUCCUAUUCAGCAUGGAGUAUAUUAUGUGGCUGCAAGUGCUACGUCUAGCGCCACAACUGGUGCUCGUUCUUCUGUGUCCACGUCUUGUGGGCUUGGCAAGAAUAGAAAAGAAGCAGAUCCAUUACGAGAGUCUACAGAUGCCACAAUAACCAAAUGUGGAGUGCUGGUUCCUCCUCAAAGGAACAAUUCUGCCCAUGACAAUGAUAUUACUACAGGAACACAGGAGAACAAUACUUCUAAAGAAUUUUCUUCUGACCUAAACCCACCCGAAAAUACAGUUUCGACUAAUCAAGCUUUCAUGGACGAUGCUAGUGCUGUUGUCCCUGCAGCCACUAAUGCUAUCCAAAUGCCAACAAUUUCCACCAGUGACGAUGGACUGGUUGAAGCUAGAGCCAUUACUGAAUCCAGCAUGUUCAUGUUGCAAGAAGCCCAGCAAGUUGAUGAUGCAGUACUGGAACAACAAACUGCCAGACAGGAAAAGGAGAGACAUUGCCAAAGAGUAGGCUACGCAAUCAUUUUUUGCUCAAUUAUUAUCAUCAUCACCAUCAGUCUGGGAGUUGGGCUGCGGCCAAAGCCAGAAGCCGUCAAAGAUGCUAUGCCAACAUUUGCACCAACCUUAGCCCCAACCUCACUGGAAUCAUUCCUCUUGUCCUUGCUCCCUGAGCAAACUAUCACUGGAAUGGAAGACAAUGAUUCAGCACAAUACCAAGCUUUUAAAUGGCUACAAGAGGAUCCUUUUGUCUAUGACUAUCCAGAUUGGCGGAUUCUUCAAAGGCAUGCUCUGAUGACUGUCUUCUAUGCGACGGCUGGCCCAACUCAAUGGUCCAACAAUACAGGGUGGGGAAGCUACCAUCUGCAUGAAUGUGCAUGGUUUCAAAAUCAAGAAUUUGCUCUCAAGUCAUUCAUAGGAAAGCUCUACCCUGGCUUCCUAGCAGGCUUCUUGGAGCCUCUACCUGGCAGCCAAUGUGACAAGCAAGGGCGCUAUCUUCAUCUGUGGCUGGAUCAGAACAACCUUGAGGGUUCUCUGCCAGAGGAACUUUACAGCUUGACCUCACUCCAAACUCUUUCUGCUGGUCUGAAUCCUCUGUAUGGCUCAUUUUCUAGCUAUAUUGGGCAGCUCCAGCAGUUGCGGGGGCUCGCCUUUUCCUCGACUGGGCUGUCUGGAUCCAUACCAAAGGAAAUGGGCAACAUAUCAUCAUUUGAAGUUAUUGUGCUGAAUGACAACCAGCUAGAAGGGUCCAUUCCUAAUGAAAUCUGGCAACUUAGCACUCUGGAUAGUCUUGUUCUUGGUCGCAAUGAGAAGUUAGGAGGCACAAUGCCCUCAAUUAUAAGCACUCUACCAAAGCUGAGGUGGCUUUUGAUGGAUGACUGUGCUCUGACUGGCUCUAUUCCUACAGAGCUUGGACAGGCAAGAUCUCUAGAAUGGCUGGCUUUGUUGGGGAAUCAACUUUCAGGGACUCUCCCCAGGGACUCUGCCUAG